UCAAUACGUCAAAAUUAUCAUCGACACCGUAUGUUAGAAUACUUCCUUGAAAAAUGUAUAUCAAAACUAAAGGCCUGAGGUCUGAAUACUGUUCAUUGUCCUAAUUUGUUGAUGAUUCCUCAAAUGUUUCUUAUAGACUAGGACUUAUAUCUAGACAGCGACAUUACUACACCCCUUCUUAAACUGGAUAUAGAUUUUCGCCCCAGCUAAUCUACAUGGAUUCCACGCAGGACAAUCCGAUCGUCAUUCAAUCAGAUGAUGAAGAUGAUGAUGAUGAUGUUCUGUUGGUGAAUGAAGAAAAGUCUCCAUCAAAAAAAGAUGAUGAUGAUGUUAUAUUUGUUAUGGAAGAGCCUUCAAAGAAGCAACUUGAAGGAACAUCUGAUAGUGUGGGUAUCUCACUGGGCUCAUCCCAGUCCACACCAGAUGAUGAAGACAGUAGCUUCAGUCCUGCUGCCUUGUUUACAAAUCCUCCAGAUUUCUCAACCAUCGGCGUUAUAGAUGCCAUCAUCCGCCCCUUAGAUCUGUCCCACAACACACCUGCACCACAUUUUUUAGGUGCCAUCUCAGCACCUGUCCCGCCACCUGAUGCUUCCUGUGAUACCCCCAUCAUGCCCUGUGUCAGCUCCGCUCACCCUGCUGAUCCACCCUGCCUUACACAACAGAAUGCCUCACAUGAGGGGCGCAUGGACAAAAGCCAUGAUCAGUUUGCUACCAGUAAACUUGAUCUACCAACCAGCUCAGGUUUCAUCUCCAUUACUGUAGGCCCAGUCUCUGGGCUACCAACCUCCCCCCUGUGUACAAGUGGUAAAAGCUACCUUCAAGUCAAAGAAAGCCUGGACAACUCUGAUAUGCUUAGCACACACGUAACUGGCCCAGUUGCUACCUGUCAUGUGAGUUAUCUGCAUGACAAGGACCUCGGUACUGGUCAGGUAAAAGAUAAAAAAAGGAGAAAGCCUGGCGCUAACAUCAGACCACCUCAAGCUGUAGAAAGUUCCUCUAGUCAGGCCAGGCCAGGCACGUCUGAGAGAGAUGUUGCCAUCAAACUUCCCAGUGAGCACAGCACGCCCCUGCUGCUGACACCUAGCAAAAAGUGCAGCAAUCCUCUCAGGCUUGACUUCGACAACCUCAACUCAGACGAGGUGGACUCCAUUCUACAGUUGCUGCCACCUGACUCGCCUGAUACACUGGCAGAUGCCAAGGGACGCAAGGUUGAGCCGUACAACUUGAGAUCAGAAGAGACCAGCCAGGUGCAUAAUGUCACUGCUUUGUCAUCUCCCUCGGCACUGAAGGAUCCACUAACUAAACCUCUUAACUUUGUUUAUACCUCUAAAGACUUGAGACUGCCAAGUCAAGCGUAUUCUGUGAUAAAUGAUACUUCAGCUCCACGGAUUAAGUCCACUGUGCAACGGGUAAAACAAUCUUCUAAUUUAGAAUCCAUUCCUGAAUCCAUAGCUGGAAAAAAUAUAUGUAAAAAGAAACACUUAACUCUCAGCACUGACAGCCAGAGGUCAAAAUGUAUAUCAAAUGUAACCAUAAGUAGGUCAGAUGUAACUGUAGACAAAUCAGCUAGGGAGACUGUGAUAGCCAGUGACAACCCAGGCUCUAGAAUGGUUGGGACACUCAACUCAAAUUUCUCUCAGCCUUCUCACAGAGUCAAGCUGGCCCUUAAGAUCAAACAAUAUUAUUUCAGUAAACACAGGCGGGCUCACAAAGUGACACAAUGGACCAAUUCUUGUCAGAAAAUAUCUGGUGAAAGAUUUACUAAAGAGCUUUCACCCAGACCUGAGAAAUGUUUCCCAGACACCCAAGAAAACUGGCAAGUCAUUCCCGAGUGUUUCAAUGGAAGCGUCAAAUUAAAAGUGAUCAGAUCCAGAAAGCUAGAGGACGCUAGUGGGGAUGUGGUAGAGAAAAAGCUGAAGAUAGCCCCAGUCAGCACAGAUAAGCAGUUGGUCAAGCGACAGACAAGUGUCCAAGUCCUACAGAGCCCUAAAGGAAAGUUGCCAAUGAAAGCUUUCCAUCGCUCCAUAUCAGACAGUCUGACAUUCACAGACAGCAACAUAACUGUGUCUGUCACAUGUGAAGCUCCCAGCACAUGUGUUACGUGUGAAGCUCCCAGCACCAGCAGGAAACUCUCCAAGUGUGAACUGGGUCAUGGUGUCUGUGUUACUUGUCUAGAGGUUCAGGUCAAGGGCAUUCUUACUGGCAAGGUCAAGCAACGUAACAUUAAGUGUCCUGCAUCAACCUGUGAUAAAGUUGUGACUUCUGAUGAACUGAAGCAGACCCUGCCCCAGUUUGUGGUGGACAUCCUAGAAGAGAAGCUGGACAAGGCCUACUUGAACUACAUCACCAAGUGGAUGUUCACUGAUGAGAAGUUGAAGUCCAGGUCAGAGUUUGCUGUAUCAGAGAGCACCCAGCCGUGUCCUACACUAACCAUGAGAAAGUAUGAAGAAAUCUACAGCCAAGAGUCACGUGAUCCAAUGGAAGACCUGCCCACCUUCUGGGCCCCCAUGGAGCGAGGAUCUCCUAUCAUGGUGUACACAGUGGUACCAGACACAGAGGAAUACAACGCCCUGGCCUUCCAGUUUUAUGAGACCCUCGACUUCCCCAGAUACGAAAUCGUCAGGAUCAUACGCGUGCAGAAUCCCAUUUUGUGGAAGUAUUUUGCCCUGAAACGAAGUGAAAUGGUGCAAGAGAAUGAUGGGAUGGAUGUUACGGAGAGACAGUUGUACCAUGGCACUCACCGCUCCACGCUUGAGGCCAUCGCCAGAAAAGGUUUUGACUGGAGGCUCAGUGGCAAGCACGGAACAGUUUACGGCUGUGGCUCCUACUUUGCCAAGGAGUCGAGGUACUCCCAUGGCUUCACUGACCGUGCGGGGAAUGGAGUGAGUGUGAGGAUGGGAGGGAUGGCUGGACAACACCUUCGGCCAAUGGCCAGUGGCAUGAUGCUACAGAUGAGAGACACGUCGCGCCUGCAGCCUUACAGGUCGCCCUUCUGCACGUUCCUGUCCCAGCCCUCACUGGCUUCCCUCAUAGGCAUUCCCUCCUCCAUUCUGUCCCAGGCCCAGCCCCCUCCAGCCCACUACCACCUGCCUCCCCCACCCCCCGCUCAUGGCCAGCUGUCAUCCCUCCAGGUCCCCGCCCACAAUCAGACUUCUGGCCCUGGCCAACACAGCAAGGCCACCGGCCUGGCCUUCAAUGGCCUGCCGUCUUCCUCGGGGUCAUCAGCAAACCAUUUCAGCUCUGGCUUCACAUCAGUCAGUCAUGUGACCAGCUCUGCUACAGGUCACAUGACCAGCUCUGCUGCAGGUCACAUGACCAGCUCUGCUUCAGGUCACAUGACCAGCUCUGCUUCAGGUCACAUGACCAGUUUAUCUUCGGGUCACAUGACCACUGCUACAGGUCACAUGACCAACUCUGCCACAGGUCACAUGACCAGUUCUGCUUCAGGUCACAUGACCAGUUCUGCUUCAGGUCACAUGACCAGUUCUGCUACAGGUCACAUGACCAGUUUAGCUUUGGGUCACAUGACCACUGCUACAGGUCACAUGACCAACUCUUCCUCAGGUCACAUGACCUCUGCUUCAGGUCACAUGACCAGCUCUGCCACAGGUCACAUGACCAUCUCUUCCUCAGGUCACAUGACCAGCUCUACUACAGGUCACAUGACCAGCGGUGCAGCACCACUUUCAGCCAACCCGUCACACAACCUGGUCCCUAACGUCUCUGUGUGCCCAGCCAGUGCCAACAAGCAAGUGUCAAUGCAAGCCGUCAGAUCAAUGCAACUAGCUGGCUCAAUGCAAGGACUAGCCAAGCCCCAGCAAGCCUCUCUUCUCUUGAACAUUUUGAACUCCCAGCUGUCCCUGCAGCCCCAGUACACAAGUAAACACUUCCAGCCACAGGGCUUCCCCACCCCCAGCAAUGUGUGGGCGGGGCCUGCCUCAGGGUCUGCUGGACUGGCCAGCAGGAACAAGCCGUGCGUGUAUGAAACAAAUGGCAGCCCUCCCCUGGAUCAGCCAAACAAGAGGCAGGGGGACAGGGGGUGCGAGCGGGGCUCAGCUGACCUCUCAUCUGUCUUUGUCAAAGGAGCCAAGUCAGACACGCACUUCAUGUUUGUGGCUCGUGUGCUGGUGGGCCGUCACACAGGUGGCUCGUCUGGCCUGAAGCGGCCCCCACCCCUGGACCCCAGCAACCCCUUGGGGAAAUGUUACGACUCUUGUGUGGACAACAUCUUCUCCCCUCAAGUUUUUGUUAUAUUUGACAGCAAUCAAGCGUAUCCGGAGUAUGUGAUAGAGUACACCUGGACGCGUGACCAGGACAUGUGAUGCUCAUCCAGCCGCCAUCCACUUGUAUCCACUUGUAUCCACUUGUAUCCAUCUCUUGACUAGCAUCCAGUAGUAAACAGAUUUACAGUCUACCUUUUUUCAAUGCACUACCUAGGUUUUACAGACAACUUCAAACUUUUUUUAGAAGUACAAAGUGAACGGAAGGACGAAAAAAUGGUUUGAUUAUAGAAUCAGCAUUAGUUGUUUGUAUCUCCAGUUAUUGUAAACUGGUCAAUGUUUAACCAGUAUCUACCACUGCCUUACUUUGAUGAAACGUGUAGGUCAACCUGGUCGCACAUGGUUGGUUCCAAAGUUGUGCACCCAUUCUUCAGUUAGUUUAAUGUACACCUGUUAGGUUCAAAACUCCAUUUCUCACAGAGAACACUAGAGCUAUUUCAGAUUUGUGCAGAGAGAUUGUACAAAGAUGGUCCAAGUUUUAUUGGUCAAUUUGACACUAAAAAAGUUUGUAACCUCUCUCCCUACAUGUGUGUGAUAAACCAAUGAUCAAGAUUUUUGAUAAAUCAAUGAUCAAGAUUUUUGAUAAACCAAUGAUCAAGAUUUUAUUUUCACAGGGAUCUCCCUGGUUUUUAUAGAAUUUUUUUAUAAAAAAAGAUAAUUUUUGUUGAUGUAAACUAUCAUUAUUUUGUUGACAUAUGAAAGCAUGUGUUGACAUAAAAGAAUGUGAACAUAUAAAACUGUUUCCUGAUAAAGCUUUGUGUUUACUCAUGAAACUUUGUGAUGACUAGAGUCUGCCUGUCUACUUAAACUGCUGAAGCCACCAGGUCUGAAACUUGUCAGGAGUUGUACAGGAGAUGCUCUCCCUUCAUACUAGAAAUACAGGCCAUCAGAUGCUCUCCCUUUAUACUAGAAAUACAGGCCAUCAGAUGCUCUCCCUUCAUACUAGAAAUACAGACCAUCAGAUGCUCUCCCUUCAUACUAGAAAUACAGGCCAUCAGAUGCUCUCCCUUCAUACUAGAAAUACAGACCAUCAGAUGCUCUCCCUUCAUACUAGAAAUACAAGCCAUCAGAUGCUCUCCCUUCAUACAGGCCAUCAGAUGCUCUCCCUUCAUACUAGAAAUACAGGCCAUCAGAUGCUCUCCCUUCAUACUAGAAAUACAGACCAUCAGAUGCUCUCCCUUCAUACUAGAAAUACAAGCCAUCAGAUGCUCUCCCUUCAUACUAGAAAUACAAGCCAUCAGAUGCUCUCCCUUCAUACAAGCCAUCAGAUGCUCUCCCUUCAUACUAGAAAUACAAACCUGAUGUACUGGCUGCACUAGUUUAAGGCUGUUACAUCUGCACUUUGGUGCACAAGUAUAAGGCCUUGAUGUUGUAUACAGAUGUUAUUUGAACACAUACACAGAAGCAACAGUGCUGAUUAAAACGCUGGAGGCUGACUUGCUUCAAAUCUAUCCAGUACUGUAGACAGCUUCUCAGAACAAUUGUAGUUACCUCUGUCAUAUUGUAUAUAUUUGUGAUCAUUUGCUGAACUAACUUUGGAAGUCAUGGACAUCAAAAUGAAUAUCCCCUAGCUGUGAUUUGGAUUAUAUCUUUUCUUCCAUACAACGGAUACAUUACUCUUUUUCUAAUGGAAAUUCCUUUCAUUAAUUGAUGUUAAUUAUGCUCAAUUAUUUGACUUGCUUCAUGUGACUAAAUCAAUCUAAUCAUUAAUUGUAUGUUUUACAUAAUUAUCAUAUUAGGCAAAACGUUAAUGCUUUUAGUUUAAAAAUCAUUGUAUUUCCUUAUUUGUAUCCCAUUGUAUUUCCUGAUCUGUAUCCCAGCGUGGUUCCUUUUGUCAUAGUCAUAAACAAGCUGUGGGACUUUCACCAAACGCCUAAUGUAUAUUUUUCAAAGUUAUUAGAUUAACUCAAGUGUUAGAUUUAAAAAAUUGUGUUUGAUCAAUGUCAUGAUAGGGACGGUAUGUUAGAUUUUUAAAUAACUUAAAAAAUUGUGUUUGAUCAAUGUCAUGAUAAGAACUGUGUGGUCUAAUGGUGAAGCUUAGACUGCCAGCCCCAAAGUUUUGAUCCCUGAGCCCACCCAACUGUAAUGAGUACCUGACUUAGGUGAGAGAAACAAAAGCGCUGGACAUAGUGUAGAACACACUAUCCCCUUGUAUGCUGGGAGGGGGGUCAUGAAUAAGUUGCUCACACUUCAUCUGCCUCACGAAGGGAAAAAGAUGAUGAUUAUGAAUGUGAUGAAAUAUUCUUGUAUAACUUGUGAAUGUUCCUUAUGAGUUCUAGUCCAAACAGUGUUAGAAAUUGACCUAAAUAUUUCUGGCUUCCUUUUUAAAGUCUUCUUCCGUUUUUUAAAACACUGUGCACAUGUUCUAUGAAUUUCUCCAAUGUGAUGUUGUAUCAAAUGUCAAAAAUACUUUCCUCAACCAUAUAUCUAUUUGUAUUAAUUAGUCGAAAUGCUCUCCUUUGUAAAGAGCAAUGGGCAACAACUUUUGUCUGGAACCAGGUUGUCAACAUCCAAUACCCAGCGACAAACAUCUGUGGCUGCUGAUAGUUAACAUAAUGAGUGUAUACAUUAUUGGGUGUGAGCACUUAGUAAGUGUAUACAUUAUUGGGUGUGAGCACUUAGUGAGUGUAUACAACAUUGGGUGUGAGCACUAAGUGAGUGUAUACAACAUUGGGUGUGAGCACUAAGUGAGUGUAUACAACAUUGGGUGUGAGCACUAAGUGAGUGUAUACAACAUUGGGUGUGAGCACUUAGUAAGUGUAUACAUUAUUGGGUGUGAGCACUUAGUAAGUGUAUACAUUAUUGGGUGUGAGCACUUAGUGAGUGUAUACAACAUUGGGUGUGAGCACUAAGUGAGUGUAUACAACAUUGGGUGUGAGCACUAAGUGAGUGUAUACAACAUUGGGUGUGAGCACUAAGUGUAUACAACAUUGGGUGUGAGCACAAAGUGAGUG